AUGGCUCGCUCACACAUCGCCGUCGCCUUGGGCGCGUCGCUCCUCGCCGCUCUGAUCGUCAGCCAGCUGGUCGCGACCCUGGGCUUCCCGCACGUCGACUUCUGGCACGGCCGCCUCGACCAGACGUAUGGGGCCUACGAGCACACCAACCUCGUCCGCCCCAAGCAGGCCGCCGAUGCCGUCGACGACCCGUCGCAGUACCUCGUCGGCGUGGGCAAGGCGGACAUCACUGGGCCCGUCGUCGAGCUCAACCUGAUGGGCUACGCAAACACGUCGCAGGUUGGCACUGGGCUCCGCCAGCGCCUCUACUCGCGCGCCUUCAUCGUGGGCAGCCCCAGCACCCCUGCCGAGCGCUUUGUGUACAUGGUCCUGGACACGCAGUCCGGCGACACCGCAAUCCGCAACGGUAUCCUCGAGGGCCUCCAGGCGCUGGGGCCUGAAUACUCCAUCUACACCCAGAAGAACGUCGCCGUAACAGGCACCCACAGCCACUCCGGCCCCGGCGCCUGGCUCAACUACCUGCUUCCCCAGAUCACCAGCCUGGGCUUCGACAAGCAGAGCUACCAGGCCAUCGUCGAUGGUGCCGUCUUGUCCAUCAAGCGCGCCCACCAAGGACUGACCCUCGGCACCGUCAGCUCCGGAAGCGCAAAGGUCAACAAUGCCAACAUCAACCGAAGCCUCUAUGCCUAUCUGGCGAACCCAGCCUCUGAACGCGCUCGGUACACCGACAACGUGGACAAGACCAUGACGCUGCUCAAGUUCACCAGAGCGAGCGAUGGCAAGAACAUCGGCAUCCUAAACUGGUUUGCCGUGCACGGCACCAGCUUGCUGGGCAACCAGACCGUCGUUGCUGCAGACAACAAGGGUGUGGCGGCGUACCUUUUCGAGCAAGACAUUGCCGCGAAUGCCGCGUCGGCCAACGCCGCCGACGGCUUCGUGGCUGGCUUCUCGCAAGCAAAUGUCGGUGAUACCACACCAAACGUCAACGGCGCUUGGUGCGAGGACGGCUCCAACCAGGAGUGCAAGCUGGAAGACAGCACCUGUGGUGGCAAGAGCCAGGACUGCCACGGCAGAGGACCCUUCUACGGCCUCAACGAUGGCGGCGUCAAGUCGUGCUACGAAAUCGGAAAGCGACAAGCUGACGGUGCCAAGGGCAUCUACAACUCGAACGGCUUCACUUCCAUCACCGGCAGUGUGCGCUCGUUCCACAGCUUCGUUGACUUCUCCAACUUCACCUUCCAGCUACCAAACGGUACAACGGCGAAGACGUGCCCCGCUGCAAUGGGUAACUCCUUUGCGGCUGGUACUUCGGACGGCCCCGGUGCCUUCGACUUCGUCCAAAACGACCCCGGAGCACCCAGCAACCCUUUCUGGAACGUCGUGGGCAGUCUCAUUGCUCCUCCUGGCGCUGCGCAGAUCAAGUGCCAGCAGCCGAAGCCCAUUCUCCUCAACGUUGGAGAGGCAAAGACUCCAUAUGACUGGUCUCCCAACAUCGUAGACAUCCAGGUUCUGCGUGUUGGUCAGUUCAUCAUCAUCGUCUCGCCGGGUGAGGCAACCACCAUGUCUGGCCGCCGCUGGAGGGAAGCCGUCUACAACAAGGCUGUUUCCUCCGGUAUUGUCUCAUCCUCCACUCCCCCGAUUGUUGUUCUGGGCGGACCUGCCAACACCUACUCCCACUACAUCACCACCGAGGAGGAAUACGGCAUCCAGCGUUACGAAGGUGCCUCCACCUUGCAUGGACCUCACACCUUGAACGCGUACAUCAAUGCCACUCUGGGCUACCUUCCCUACCUGGCUGACGGCGCCACUACUUCUUCGCCCGCAGGCCCCACCCCUCCCGACAACCGUAACAGGAGCAUCUCGCUCAUCACCGGCGUCGUGUACGAUGGUGCGGGCAUCGGAAGUAGCUUCGGCAAGGUUCUCACCGACGUUUCGUCCACCUACACGCGCGGCGCAAGGGUCGUCGCCGUCUUCCAGGGCGCCAACCCGCGCAACAACCUCCGCCUCGAGGGCACCUUUAGCUCAAUUGAGAAGCAGGGCAACGACGGCUCCUGGACACAGGUCCGCAACGACCAGGACUGGGAACUUGUUUAUGAGUGGAAGAGGGACAACGGGCUCACCGGCACGAGCAGCGUCACGAUCACCUGGGAUACGUCGAUUACCAGCCCGGCUACGGGAUUGUAUCGCAUCAAGUAUUACGGCGACUCCAAGGCAGUUGGCGGUAAGAUUACCGCCUUCACGGGGACCAGUGGGGUCUUCAAGUUGUCCUAG